GCCCCCUGUUUGUCUUUGUACUAGGUACCAUGCAGACCAAACCAGAAGGAUAGAAACCAUCCAGGACCAGGCAGGUCAUCCCCAUUCAUAAACUCCAGAAACUUCACCAAAAGGCGUUGGGAUUGUUUUUUUCUGCACAAAGCCUAACAAUAGGUGAGGAAAACCCCACCAGACAAUCACAAUGUUAUCACAUUCUGCCAUGGUCAAAGAGAGGAAACAACAAGCAUCCGCCAUUAUGAAGGAAAUCCACGGCAAUGAGUCAGAUGGCCUAGACCUUGGAAAGAAAAUCAGCAUCCCCAGAGACAUCAUGGUAGAGGAACUAUCAAUACUCAGCAACAGAGGUGCAAGACUCUUUAAGAUGCGUCAAAGGAGAUCUGACAAAUACACCUAUGAAAACUAUCAUUAUGUAGCAAAUAAGCAAAGGAAUCUUAGUGAACCUCUGCAGAGUGUUAAAAUGGAAAUUAGCAAUGCCGAAGCUGGCCAACAGCAUGCACCAAUGACACCUCCUAAUACACCUGACCCACGGAGCCCUCCAAAUCCUGAAAACAUUGCACCAGGAUAUUCUGGACCACUAAAGGAAAUUCCUCCUGAGAGGUUCAACACUACUUCUGUGCCAAAAUAUUAUCAGUCUCCCUGGAUAGAAGCCAUCAGCAAUGACCCAGAGCUGUUGGAGGCUUUAUACCCUAGACUGUUUAAGCCUGAAGCAAAGCCAGAGCUGCCUGACUACAGGAGCUUUAACAGAGUUGCCACUCCAUUUGGUGGUUUUGAGAGAGCAUCAAAGCUGGUUAAAUUCAAGGUACCAGAUUUUAAUCUACUGCUGCUAAAUGAUCCCAGGUUCAUGAUCCUCGCUAAUCCUCUUUCUACCAGGAGGUCCUUCAACAGGACUCCUAAGGGAUGGACAUCAGAGAAUAUUCCCAUAGUGUUCAUCCAGCCUUCGGAUUCCAACACUGUUCCAGAAACGGAUGACCUGUGAAAAGGAAGCUGUCGUUUUAUAUUUGAUACAAAAUGCUAAAAGCUGACUAUAAAAAUCAGCGUGUAACUAUUUUGACUUUUAAUAGAUGCUCCUUGCAACAACUUCUCUUGGUAGCUGGAGUCUAAUAACUUCCAAUAUAGUAUCCCUUUUCAUGAGUUUAAUUUCAUCUAGAGACCUAAUAUAAAUAAAAUAAUUUGGCAACCAUUCAUUGA